AAAAAGUACAGAGUCCAUUGAAAGCCCGGCCUGUUACUUUCUGAAUUAUUGGAUUUUUCGUUUGCGUGCGUGUGUAUUUGUGUGUGUGUGCGCACCGUUGAUGGACUGCUUCCUGACUUUCACUGAAGGUUACUGUAGCCGCUGUCCCAAGGCCAGAGAAGUUUACAAGCCUCACCUUUUGCUGCGUUCAAUGCUGUAUACCUGCAGCUCAAGGGCACUAUAUAUUUGCGCCUAAUUAUGUCUUCCAGUUCGGAUACCAGCAGCACUCAGGAACCUAUAAAACAUGGGCUUCUUCCAGCUGGGCAGGCCUUUACGGGGAGGUCCCGCUCGGUUCACCGGGGAACAAUUGGAACAAUGAAGUAUAAGAAAAGGGAUGUUUAACUUGUGUUAAGCAAAAUGCAAAAGUAUUUUCAGUCACAGAGGAUUUGAUUCAGAUGAUGGAGCAACUUCAAGAUGACCAUCUGAAUAGAUGCCGUUUACCUUGGACAAAACCUUGGUGCAGUACUGCAGCCCACUUCAGCUGACUGCUAUCUGCAGUUCAGCGGUUCAAAUCUCACCGGCUCAAGGUUGACUCAGCCUUCCAUCCUUCCGAGUGUCUCAAUUUAAAAUGGUGAAUUACUCUUAUGAUGAAGAUCUCGAAGAACUGUGUCCAGUCUGUGGAGAUAAAGUGUCUGGGUAUCAUUAUGGACUCCUUACCUGUGAAAGUUGCAAGGGCUUCUUUAAGCGAACAGUCCAGAACAAUAAAAGGUACACAUGUAUAGAAAAUCAAAGCUGCCAAAUUGACAAAACUCAAAGAAAACGCUGUCCUUAUUGUCGCUUUCAAAAAUGCCUAAGCGUUGGGAUGAAGUUGGAAGCUGUGAGAGCUGACCGAAUGCGCGGAGGCCGGAACAAAUUUGGACCCAUGUACAAGAGGGACAGGGCCCUGAAGCAGCAGAAGAAAGCUCUCAUCCGAGCGAAUGGACUCAAACUAGAAGCCAUGACUCAGGUGAUUCAAGCAAUGCCCACUGAUCUCACAAUAUCCUCUGCAAUCCAGAACAUCCAUUCUGCCUCCAAAGGCCUACCUCUCAACCACACAGCCUUGCCUCCCACAGACUAUGACCGAAGUCCUUUUGUAACAUCUCCAAUUAGCAUGACAAUGCCACCACAUGGUAGCCUACAAGGUUAUCAGAGCUACAGUCACUUUCCAAGCCGUGCUAUCAAGUCCGAGUACCCUGAUCCUUACACCAGCUCUCCAGAGUCGAUAAUGGGCUACUCUUACAUGGAUGGUUAUCAUCAAACAAGCUCGCCAGCAAGUAUUCCUCAUCUGAUUUUGGAACUCUUGAAGUGUGAGCCUGAUGAGCCCCAAGUCCAAGCUAAGAUUAUGGCCUACUUGCAACAAGAGCAGGCCAACAGAAGCAAGCAUGAAAAGCUCAACACUUUUGGGCUUAUGUGCAAAAUGGCUGACCAAACCCUCUUCUCGAUCGUCGAGUGGGCCAGGAGUAGCAUAUUCUUCCGAGAACUUAAGGUUGAUGACCAAAUGAAGCUCCUUCAGAACUGCUGGAGUGAACUCUUAAUUCUAGAUCAUAUUUAUCGGCAAGUGGUACAUGGGAAGGAAGGCUCCAUCCUCCUAGUCACUGGGCAACAAGUGGAUUAUUCCGUAAUCGCGUCUCAAGCAGGUGCCACCCUCAACAGCCUCAUGAGCCACGCGCAGGAGCUGGUAGCUAAACUACGAUCUCUGCAGUUCGAUCUACGAGAAUUUGUGUGUCUCAAAUUUUUGGUGCUAUUCAGUUUAGAUGUCAAGAACCUAGAGAACUUUCAGCUGGUAGAAGGUGUUCAGGAGCAAGUCAAUGCUGCUUUGCUGGACUACACCAUGUGCAACUAUCCACAGCAGACAGACAAAUUUGGGCAACUUCUCCUGCGACUCCCAGAAAUCCGGGCAAUCAGCAUGCAGGCUGAAGAGUAUCUUUACUAUAAGCACCUAAAUGGGGAUGUGCCAUGUAAUAACCUUCUCAUUGAGAUGCUGCAUGCAAAGAGAGCAUAAAUUAUAGCCUUUGAGAUAGUUUCUGCUUUUCCGACAAGAAAAAUACUCUAAAAGUUCUCCGAGUGACGCCAGUUGAAAUAACUUGGUUUGAAGAAACUUUGCGAAAACAAAAAACAAAAAUGUUAUAAUAAUCAAAUACUAAUAGUAAAUAAGUGAUGUAUCAGGGUAUUUGCAUUGCCAACUGUGAAUGAACCGUCUCCCCAGAGGAACUUGUAUAGGACGUUAAUCACUCGAAUAAAAGGAGAUUUAUAAGUGGAAAUUUAUACCACCAUCAACAUCAAUAAAGGCAAAAAAAAAUGGAAAGGAAAGAACAAUGCUUAUACGUUUUUAAAAAAAAACUUUGCCAGUUACCACUAUGAAUAAAUUUAGGAGCGAGUUUUAUCUGUGUUAUUCAGCUAACAGAUCAAAGGGAUCUGCAUGCACUACACCCCUUAACUGGUUAGCAGGACUGAAAACAUCUCUAAAGAAUGCAACACUGCAGUUUCCCUGCGUCGUCUUUCCAAAGACUGAAUUCUUAUUUCUCCUUCCAAAAGGAAUCUGUAUAUCUUACAUUAUAUUCCAAAAUCUGGAGCGAACCACACGCUCACACGUGCACACGCAUACAGAAUAGUGUCACAAGCAAGCAAAUCAAUACAGCCUGGAUUUUCAUCUGUCUGUGAGUCCAACCUGAAGAUAACAAACAUGAGCAAAAAUUAUGAUGAUGAGAAACUAAUUUUAUUCAUAAAGAUUAGCGUGACAUUCUUAAUGUUUUCUAUGGUUGCUUUUGUCAUUGGGAUCAUGUUGUUCAGCCAGGCAGUAUCUCUCCUCUACUACGGGCCAAAUUUUGGGAGAAAGCUGCUCCAAAACAAUUGAUGAUGGCCUUCAAUCCCAGGAUCAAAUUAAACAUUACUGGAAUCACUUCUCAAAGCUUUUAGUACCAGAUCAGCUUGUGGCUACUAUUUAACCUCAGCCUAAGAUAAAACAUCAAGCAGCAGCAUCUCUUUACUUGUCACACUUAACUCCAUUCUGGAUUCGGAAAGAAUGCAGAUUAAUGAAUUCAAUUAAUAUCCCUCUGUCUGUCUUCACUGUGAUUUCUUUCUUUUCCCACAUAUCUCUCAGUUGAGGGUUCUUCAUCAACCAUCUGCACAUGGAGUUCAAGAGUAGGAUACAUAACUUUGGAAUAACUAUUGUAGGCCUAGCAUCCUGGUUUUCCUACUUGGCCUACAGAGCAAAGGAUUAAAGGUGACUAGAUAACCAUAAUAGACAGUAGGCUGAAUUCACUGUCUAACUAAUUAAAUCAGUUAUCGGAGCUGGCGGGGAGGGGAGGACGAAUGUCAGAUAAAGGCACUUUCAGAUUUAAGGAAACCAUCUUCAGAUUGUUUUCCUGGGACUCUUAUUUUAGUAGGCCCUUGGCUCAAAGCUAAACUCAUGACAAUGGAAGUGGACUUAUGUGGGAUGAAUAGGAGACGUUAUGAGAA